AUGCCUCUGAAUCCAUCGCUCCGCCUCAUCCCUGUCCCCCUUCCCCUUCCGCUCCCCUUUCCUCUUCCCCUUCCCUCUCCCCUCCAACGUGUCGGAGGAGGUGGUGGCAGUGUCUGUCCGUGUGUGCCUGCAUCCCCCCGUGCUCCAUCUUCCCCGCUUCCCAUUCCUUCCCCCUGUUCCCCCCCUUACCUGCCCCUGGUCUCCAUCCCUCCCAGAGUGUCUGAGAUGAUGGCGGACGAGACGGCAGCCGUGGCGCGCACCCUCGAACGAUUCGCAGCCAUGGAGCGCACGCUGACAACUGCCAUGCAGCGCUACGAGAACGAGCUCAGGAGCGCUCAGGCCGCCAGGCUGGAAGGGGCAAUGGUGGCCAUGGACCCGCUCUCUGGCGCGGUGAGGGUGCUGGUGGGCGGGCGCGACUACUACGAGAGCUGCUUCAACCGCGCCACCCAGGCUCUCCGUCCCCCCGGCUCCACCUUCAAGCCCGUCGUCUACCUCACUGCGCUCGCCGAGGGCAUCACCAAGGAUUAUGUCCUAAUUGAUGAGCCAUACGAGGUGGGGGGGUUCGCCCCGGAGAACUACGACCGCAAGUUCCGCGGGCCCGUCACGCUGGAGGAGUCGCUGCUCAAGUCGCUCAACGUGCCCACCGUCAAGCUCUGCGCUGAGAUCGGCGUUGACAAGGUGUGCCACAUGGGGCGGGCACUGGGCAUCAAGACGCCGCUACCGCACGAGCUGGCGCUCUCACUGGGCGGAUGUGAGGUGACGCCGCUGCAGCUCACCACCGUCUACUGCACCAUCGCUGCUGGGGGCAUCUACCACCGCCCGCAUCUGAUCACCCGCGUGGAGUCGCACAACGGAAGAGUGCUGGAAGAAGCUAAGGUGUGCAUGGAGCGCAGGGACCCGGUGGUGGACGAGGCAGCAGUGGGCGAGUUGAGGAAGCUGCUGCAGGCCGUGGUGGAGAGGGGCACCGGCAAGGGGGCGCGCAUGGACCGCCCGUGUGCCGGCAAGACUGGCACGUCUGAUGGCCACCGCGACUGCUGGUUCGCUGGAUUCACCCCGCAGCUGGCGUGUGUGGUUCACUCCGCAGCUGGCGUGCGCCGAUGGGUGACCUGCACCCGGCGAUACCAGCAGAUGCACAUCUCCUUCUCACAUGCCCCCUCACCUGCCCUCUCCUCCCUGCCAGGAGAGGCUGAGGUGCGACGAGACGAACCAUGGUUAGUGGGAGGCCUGCACCCUGACACCAACCUGCUCGCUCCCCUUUUGCCAUGUUUAUGUGCCUCGAGAAUCUCUCGUACCUUGUCCCCACCUCAAUCGCUCUUCAUGCCCAACCCCCUGCUGCCCUCUCCUCCCCCCCAGGUAUGGCUGGGCUACGACGACAACAGGCCGGUGAGUGGCCUUUAUCCUGGCACCGGCUCACCUCGCUCGAAUGGUCCUUCAUCAAGCAGAACAGGCACCGGCUCACCUCCCUCUCACUCCUACCCUGCACCACCCCGGCACUGCCUCACCACCCUCCACCCAUCCCCACCCCUCCUGCCGUUUCCUCCUCCCUUCCAGGUAUGGCUGGGCUACGACGACAACUUGCCAGUGGGAGGGCUGCACCCCGGCACCGGUUCCAGCCACGCAGCACCGCUCUGGAGCCGCUUCAUGACCCUCGCCCACGAGGGGCUGCCCGUGAAAAAGAUUCUCGACCCUGCCCGGGACAGGUACACUGGGCGGGCAGCGGGGAGGGAGUUUCAGAAGCGGAGCCGGCGCGCUCAGAAGGUGGGGUUGAGUGAGAUGCGGAAGAGGGAGGGUGGGAGGAGGAAGGGAGGGAGAGAGGUGGUGUGGAAAGACGUGUGGGAUUGGGAGAAGGCGAGUAGUGGGUGGCAGGAGAGGGAGAAGAUGGAGGAGUGGGCAGCAGCGAGAAGAGAGAGGGCUGAGGAGAUUCGGGCUUUAAGGGCCAAAUGGGGAUGGCUGCCGUUUGUGAAGGGGACUAAGGGGGCAGGAGGGGAGGGAGGAGGGGAGUCGCCGGGGAGAGGGUUGCUGGGGGACGAAGGGGAGGAGGUGGGGGAGGAUGAUUACGAGGAUGCGUUGCGGUUCUUUGAGCGGGCGAAUCAGGAGGAGGGGCAGGGUGGGAGGAGGGGUGGGGAGAGGGGAGGGGAGAGGGGUGGAGAGAGGGAGGGGGCGACAGGGAGGGGCAUUUCUGCAGCGGCAAUGGCUGCUGCUAAGUGGGGCGCAGGGGGGAGAGGAGGGGGCGUGGAGAAGCGAGGGGGGAGCGGGGAGACAGGAGCAGAGAGGCGAGUGGACGAGGAAAUGGGGAGGAGGUGGAGUGCGGAGGAGGGAGUGGAGGGGGAGGACGAGGAGGAGAGUGAGGUUUGUGCGAGGGAUGGGGAGGGGGAUGAUGAGGAUGGGUUGUGGGAGGAGGGGGAGGGAGAGGAGGAGGAGGAGGAGGAGGAGGAGGAGGAGGAGGAGGAGGAGGAGGAGGAGGAGGAGGAGGAGGAGGAGGAGGAGGAGGAGGAGGAGGAGGAGGCACCAGAGGAGGUUUUGGCUCGGAUGCAGGAGAGGCUGGAGGAGCAGUUUGGGGCAGCGCCUGCAGCAGCAACGGCGGCAGCAGAGGAGCAGAGAGAGGUUGUGAGUGCGAAGUUCUUCACAGCAGUGGAUUCGGAAUCAGCCGCGCCUGACAUCUCUCCGCUGCAGCCGUGGCCUGAGAAGCAGGGUGACGGGGCGGAGGGGGGAGGGGAGAUGGAGGCGUGCUGCCCCAUGCCGCCAUGCACGGGCCUGCUCCCGGCCUGUAGGGAGCCGUCACUGGAAGGGAGUGCAGAUGCUGAGAGAGGUGAGGUGGGUGAGAGGGAGCUUGAGGAAGAGGACGAGGAGAAGCGGCUGGGGUGGACCAAGCGGCUGUUUGUGAAGACCAGGGUCACGACUCCGGGCGGCGCGCCCCUACCCCUGUCUUCGUCUGGAUCUGCUGCCUACUCAGCCUAUACUGCUGCCACUGCCACAGCAACAACAGGGAGAGGCUUCUCACAGGAAGAUCCUGGGCAACGCGAGCUCAGCAGGCAUGUGGGGGAGUGCAGUGCCGUGGCGGCAGCAGAAGGGAGCUGGGUUGGGCCCUGA